UCUGCUUUAUUUUACUCUUUGUAACUACUCGAAGUUCAACCAUGACUUCUCAUGGCCGGAGAGACUAUGAGAGUUCAGCAAUUACACUGAAAGCCCCACAUUUCUUCAAGAUAAUUCUCCCUCGUUGUCUUCAAGACAGAAAACUUAUGAUUCCAAGAAGAUUUAUAAGGAAAUAUGGAGAAGGCCUGUCAAAUGUAGCUUUUCUUAAGCUUCCAAAUGGUGCAGAGUGGAAACUUGAAUUGACAAAAUGCGAUGGAAGGGUUUGGUUACAGAAGGGUUGGCAAGAAUUCAUGGAGUAUUAUUCUCUUAAGCUGGGGCACUUGCUGGUUUUUCGAUAUGAAGGAAACUCUCACUUUUAUAUACUUGUAUUUGAUGAGAGUGCAACAGAGAUAGAUUAUCCUUCAAGCAGCUCCCUUGGUGAGGGGGAAAAUCUUGAUGGAGAAUUGUUAGUUUCUCGGAUGGAACAAACUGAUAGUGAUAGUCAUGCUCAAAUAUUGGAUGACUUUCCAACACUCACAAAAACAAGGAAGAAAUCACAAUUACCAAGUCCUCAGCCUCGCAAGAUGAUGAGAACCAAUCGAAGUGCUAAACCUGCGAGUACUUCCAAUCUGUCAAGGUCGGUUCCUCCCCAUCGAUCUAAAGAUGCAAAGGUGAAGAAGUUAAAGGCGCAAGCAAAUUUCUAUCCUCCCAAACAGGAGCUUGACGCAAAAGGUUCUAAACCGGUGCCUACUACCAAGCGAUGCCCAAAAUCGAAGACUCUUAGAAUGACUCGAAUGUUGAAUGUGAAUGAGAAGGCUAGAGCUCUUCAGAGGGCAAGUGGCUUUAGACCUGAAAGUCCUUAUUUUAAGGUUGUCCUGCAGCCAUCAUAUCUGUGUCGUGGAUGUAAGAUGUGUUUCCCACGUUCAGAGGAAGGUAUCCAAAAAAAAGAAAACAAAAGGAAGAAAGAGCGAGCCAAAACAACAAUGGCGAUGUCUCGCGUACGGAGACAACCCUCUUUCCCCGACGACGGCCCUGAGUUCUUCAAAGUAUUUCUCCCAUUUACUAGCUCUCACCAAAUGUCCAUACCACCUGCCUUUAUCAAGCACUUCAAUGGAACUAUCCCAAAGAAGGCCAUUCUCAUUGAUCAUACUGGAAAUUCUUGGACUGUCGGACUGGAACAAAUUAACAGGCGCUUGUGUUUUAAGUAUGGCUGGCAACAGUUUGCAAGUGAUCAUUCUCUGGAAUUUGGCGACUUCAUAAUUUUCAAAUACACUAAAAGUUGUAUGUUUAAGGUCAAGAUAUUCAAUAAAACUGGAUGCAUGAAGUAUGAAGCUGAAGCUACCGGUAAGACUAUUCCAUUUGUGACUUUUGAAGAAGAUACUAUAGCAGAGAGGGUUUGUGGCAGAUUGACUCGUGCCGGCAAGCGAAAGCUUUUGGAGAUAUGCCUCGAGAAAAAUGAAGAAGCAGGUGGUUUGUCUAAAGCUGGUCGACAAACAUCAAGAACAAUUGUUGAACAAAAAACGAGCAUUGAUGUUGCCCGAUUUGUCACUCCAAAGAAUCCGUAUUGUGUGGUGUCCAUUUCUAACCGUGACAAAAAUUUCACUUGUCUUCAUAAAUCGGUGGUGGAGGCAUUUAACAUUAAACUGAAUCAAGACAUGGUGAUUUGCAGUCCGAAUGAAGAGAAGUUCCCUGUGAAAAUCGUGAUUUGGAAAAGUGGCCGAAUCAUUAUUUCUAAGGGGUGGUCUGCUUUUGCCAGGAAGAACAAUGUUCAACCUAAAGACCAAUGUGUGUUUGAGUUUGUCCUCGGAAGAGGAAAUAUAUGCAGCGAAAUGCGUGUUCAAAUUCUUCAAGGGAAGGCGAGAUUAGAGGAACUCUCUAAGCAUCGGUAUCAGUACAGGAAGAAGAAGGCAUGGUUUGCAAACCUCUAGGCUGUAAGUACAGUGCUUUCUCUCAAGGAUCGUUUUAGUCAGGUUGUAGUGUUUCAUACUCUAGUGUAUUAUCUAAUAUGUAUAUACGAUCGAGUUUUGUUCAUUUAUUCUUAAAUAUCAUUGCUGUUGACUCGAAACUGGUUUCACUUCUUUUGAUGAUCAAGAACAAAUUAGCGCUUGGGGUUUCUGGUUUUGUAUGUUGGUUAUAGUUGAAGUUACAGGCAUAAUUUGUUGUUCAUUUUGUAAUACCCGUGAGGGCGCCCUCUAAACAACUAAGGAAUUCUAGCA